UUUGUCUUAUAAUUGUUUGGUAUUAAUCUUUGAUAUCGCUUAAUGAGGAUCAGUCUUUGUUAUUAUAAAUACGCUUUAUAUUUAGACGCACUCUUCGCCUAGCAAAACAUUGUGUGUGGACCUUUCAUUGACACAGAAAGCUUUAACAUUCAGAGCGGCAAAAUGAGCACGGGAACCACCUACACGGAACAAGGAUUGCUUCAUCAAAUGUUUUCCAGGCAGGCAAAGGCAACUCCGGAAAACGUUGCUGUUGUUGAAGAAAGCGGGAAAGAUAUAAAAUUCAUAAAUUUGGAUGAAAAUUCGGACAAACUUGGAAAGCAUUUAGUUGACAAUGGCGUUACACCCAAUGCGUGUGUUGGAAUUUAUUUGGAUAAAAGUAUUGAAUACACAACGGCAUACAUUGCUAUCUUAAAGGCGGGUGCUGCUUAUCUGCCCCUGGAUGUUGCAUACCCACAGUCGAUGUUAAAAUCAGUACUAGAAGAUGCAAAACCAAAGGCUGUUAUAACUGUCAAAGAUUUAGCUCACAAUUUAGCUGGGUAUGACAGUAUUAUCGUAUUGGAAGAAGAAUGGGAGAAAUCUAUUGUCACAGGGGAAGUAACUCUCCCUACAGAAUUGUCCCUAGACAAUCUGGCUUAUAUUGUUUACUCAUCUGGAACUACAGGAAAACCAAAAGGUGUUAUUUGUCCACACAGGGGAGCAGUAUUUUCAUACCACUGGAGACAUGAAGCUUAUCCUUUUCAAGAAGGAGAAAGAGUUGCCUGUAACAUAUUUUUCUCUUGGGAAAUGCUGAGACCAUUAUUAAAAGGAGUAACUAUGUACAUCAUAUCUAACACGACAAUCUAUGAUCCACCUCUACUGAGUCAAUACAUACAGAAAAAUAAAAUCACACAAAUAUUGUUUACGCCAUCACUACUAGAAGCUGUUCUCAAUACGCCAGGGCUGGACCUCCAACAACUUAGAAGUUUGAGGCAAAUUUGGUUUUGUGGUGAAGUUGUGACUACAGCAUUAUUUGAGAGAUGUUUGAAGUUGAUACCAUGGAUACAGUUUUUAAAUCUCUACAGUAUAUCAGAAUGCCAUGAUGCUGCUUGUGAAGAUUUGAACUUGUAUUUUAAAGAAAAUAUGGAUGCUCUCAAAACAAGAAAGUUUUGUCCAGUAGGUAACAUUUUACCUGGUGUUAACCUGGUCAUUAUGGACAAAGAUCAGAAAAUACAACCUGUUGGAGCUUCAGGGGAGAUUUUUGUUGGAGGACCAACUUUAGCCCAUGGGUAUCUCAACAGACCCGAGGUCCAAGCUUUGAGAUUUAUACCUCUGCCAAAAGGUGUUCAGACAAGCCAUGGAGACAGACUUUACAGGACUGGGGACUGGGGAUAUAUGUUAUCAGAUGGAAGACUAGAGAUUUGUGGUAGAUGUGAUUCAAUGGUUAAAAUCAGAGGCUAUUCCAUAGAAGUUCAGGCAGUGGAGAGUGCCUUAAUGGAGCUACCAAUGGUUAAUGCCUGUGUAGUAUUAGUAGAAGGACAGGAAGGAGAAGACAAGUUCCUGGUGUCAUACAUUGUACCAGAAGGGCAGACAACCAAGAAAGAUAUAAGAGCGAUACUGAAGCUGAGGCUACCAUACUACAUGAUUCCAUCAUACUUUGUAUUCCUUCAAAGCAUUCCAAUGGUAGAAACAACAGGUAAACUUGAUAAGAAGGCCUUACCAAAUUUUGACAAAGAACACGAGUCUGAUUCUGAUACUAUUGCUGCGCCAAAUACAGAUACAGAGAAAAAGGUCGCGGUUGUCUGGUGUAAAGUCCUCAAGAUACAAGAUAUAGAUAUACAGGAUAGCUUCUUUGAUUUAGGAGGACACUCUUUGCUGGCUACAGAGCUGAUGAUGAACUUAAGACAGAUGUUUGACGUAGAUUUGAAUGUUCGUGACUUGUUCACAUAUCCAACCAUUACAACACUCAGUCAGUUCAUAGAGGCCAAGAAAAACAAAAGAACGGAAGAACUCCAUACAAUACCUAAAGUGUCAAUAAACCUCCAAACAGAAGUCAACAGGCAUGACCCAAGGGGAAUAAUCAACAUUGAUAUGCAGCUCCGAGCUUUUUGGAGAACAUUUAAUCUAAGUAACGAGAGAAGAUUUAAGAUUGGGAGAGUCUUACUGACAGGUGCUACAGGAUUUCUUGGAGCUUUUUUGCUGAGAGAAAUAUUACUACAGACAAAGUGUAUGAUUAAAUGUUUGGUGAGGGAACUACCUGAUACUACACCAAAUCAAAGACUUGAGAAGUCAUUACAACAGUUUGGAGUAUUGCCAUGUGAUGGUAAACCUUCAGAACAGCAAACUCUAAUACAGUCCAUGUAUACCAAAAGAGUGGAGAUAAUCAAAGGAGAUGUUGCCCUAAUAAAUAUGGGUAUGAACGAGGAUGACUACACCUAUUUGUGUACAGAUAUAGACUUCAUCAUACAUGCUGCAGCUUAUGUUAAUCUAGUCUAUCCUUACGAGGCUUUUACAGGACCAAAUGUGACAGGAACAAGAAAUGUUGUAAUGUUUUCCUGUACUGGUAAAAUAAAGCCCAUACAUUAUAUCAGUACUGAUGCUGUGUUUCCAAAUGGAAUGAAGAAUUGUUCAGAAGAUGACAACAUAGAGGAUAACCAUACAGAGUUAAAUGAUGGAUAUUCACAAUCUAAAUGGGUGGCUGAACAGCUGAUCAGUCGAGCUGGACAGAAAGGGCUUCCAGUGGUUAUUUAUAGAUUAGGUAACAUGUCAGGUGACAGGAAACAGGCAUUCUGGAAUCCUCAGGACUUUACUCUGUUAGUCCUUCAAGCUUGUGCCAAAUAUGGAUAUGCUCCAGAUGUAGACUGGGACAUGGAGAUGACUCCUGUAGACUUUGCUGCUGAGUUCAUUGUACGCUGUACAUUUAACCUGUCUACCAUUUUAGGGAAGACCUACCACAUUAUUAAUGACCAACCAUUACAUUCAAGAUGGGUGUUUGAAUGGAUGCAUGCACAUGGAUAUCCUUUAAAGAUUGUACCUUUCAGUGAAUGGAAAACAAGGAUUUUAGAAGAGUCACAGAAAAAUGGAAGUAAUGGAUCCUUCACAGCCAGUAUACAGAGACUGUUAGAGUCCUAUCUAACAAGUCCAGAUUUCUUUUCCAAUUUGAGUACCUACAAGACAGACAAUUUAAAGCAGACAUUAGAACUGUUAAAUAUGUCCUAUCCUUACACUGAUAGUAAAAUGUUGAAGACAUACUUCAAAGAAUUAUCUCAACGAAAAGUCAUUCUUCCCGUUAAACGACAGACUUCAUAUUCGGAGAACAGAAAAUUAGAAGGAAAGAUCGCCAUAGUAACUGGAGCUUCUAGUGGUAUUGGUCGAGCUAUUGCUGUAGCAUUAUGUCAGGCUGGAGCUAAAGUAGCGUUAGCAGCAAGAAGAAUGGAGAGAUUAGAGGAGAUAAAUAGAGAGAUAACUGACCAGGAAGGAAUCUGUAUAUGUGUCAAAACUGAUGUCACGAAGAGGGAAGAUGUUAAAGAUCUAGUGAAGCAUACAGAAUCAGUAUUUGGUCCUGUAGAUAUCCUUGUUAACAAUGCUGGCGUGAUGUACUAUACUAUGAUGAAGAAUUUACAUGAAGAUGAAUGGGAGAGACAGAUUGACCUUAAUUGUAAAGGAUUGACUAAUUGUAUUGGAGGUGUUCUUGAUGGAAUGUUAAAACGAGGCUCUGGACAUAUAGUUAACAUGUCUUCUGAUGCAGGAAGGAAGGGUUUUCCAGGACUAGCAGUAUAUUCUGGUACCAAAUUUUAUGUGGAGGGAUUAUCUCAGGCUCUUAGACAGGAAGUAUGUGGGUCUGGUGUCAGGGUAACAUGUAUACAGCCAGGAGAUGUUAAAACAGAAUUAAUCUCUCACUCUACAGAUAAAGAGGCACAAGAAAAAUAUGAUGGGAGUUCAUCCUGUAAAAUCCUAGAACCAACAGACAUUGCCAAUGCAGUAUUAUAUGCAGUGACACAACCAGAAUAUGUAGGGGUAAAUGAAAUAUUGGUGGAACCUAGAGAGGCCCCUGCUUGAUACACAAUCAAGUAUUAACGGACAAUUUGCAUUAUUCCAAUUUUUGAAAACUCAGGAGAGGCAUUGAAUUCAAAAUAUUUGAUACAAUCAACAAUUAAUCGUGUUAAAGGACAAUUGUGCAUUAAUUUAUUCCAAUAAUAGAAAACACAGGAAAAGCUUUAGAUUCAAAAGUUUUGUCAAGAAAUUGAUUUUGAAAUCUUCAAAUUAUUAUAUAUGAUAUGAUAUGACUAGAAUAUUUGAAGGAUUUUGAAUUUUAACAAUAUGAGCUGUGUGAGAUAGAAAGUAACCUCAUGCAAAUAAGUAUAAUACAUCUGUUAACUUUUAUUGGGUUGAACAAAUCUAUAUGCAAUGUCUAUUACUGUGGAGUUAAUUGAGUUGAUACACAAACCUUCCUAACAGACCUUAAGGAUGUUUGCUCCUCCAUUUUUUGAUUUUUUGUCAGAUUUUCGGAAUCCUCUGGUUUUUAUCCAUGUAUUGUCAUUAAAAAAAAUUGCCCCUACUUUUCUUUUCAUUAUUUUAUUACAUACAGUUUGAAAAGCCGUAUUUCAAAAUUUUAUAGAAUUCUUGUUUUUUUUCAUAGUUUUUUAAACAGAUAAGGUGCCAAUGUUAGAUAUAUGAAAAAUCUAGAGAGAAUUAUUUCCGGCAAAAAUUUCAAUGGCUUAUAUCUCGAAAACCAGCUACCCUCCAUUUUUUUCUUCUUUUUUAGUUUCUUUAUUUAUAUAUUAUCAAUUCAUAACAGUCUUUUAAAAAGCUUGUUAUUUUUCAAGAGUAGCGAACAGUUGAUAUUGUAAUGUUCUAAAAUCAAUCAAAGUCCCAUACAUGUACACGUUUAUGUGCACUUGCAUACAGUUCAUUUCUAUGUGAUGCAGCAUAUAUGAUACGUUAUAGUUCAUAUGUUGGAAAUGUAAGACAUUAAUUGCAAUUUUAAGCUAUGAAAUAAAAAAAGGCACCAACAACUGUUUCAAAGUAUCUUCUGCUUUUAUGCAAAAUUAUACAGAAAACAGAAAUUUGGAAUUAUUUUAGCAGUAUUUUGUGUUAAAACUUGUGUUCAAUAAAUGCAAUACAAAAUAUAAUUAUUUGAAAAUUGUGAGACACACUUGUUCACAGUUUCUGGAUUGGCCACCAACUUGUUUUUCACAGAAAAUGUUUCGUUGUUGUUCUUGGCCCUCUCUAAUGUAAUUUUAGCAAUUAACAAUUAACAACUUCUAUUAUUGAUGGUAGUGUUUUAAGAAAUGUAAUCAAUCAAUAUAACAGAAGUGAGCCUCCUUCCGUUACUAUAGCUACUAUGUAGUAAAUACUUAUGAAUUAAGGAGGUAUACUUUGGUUAAGGGAAUUUACUCUUUAAAUCAUCAGUACGUUAGUGUCAACCAGUUUCAUAAAUAUAUUCUAAGCUUCUAGGUUACAUAGAUUAUUUUAAAUCUGUUUCAGGUAAGUGCUUAAAAUACACUGAUGAUACUUGACUGUUACAAACGCAUAACUGAUUUAAAGAGUUAUCUCCCUGAACCAAAGUCUACCCCCUUAAAUGACCUUGUUUAUUAUGCUAGUAAUACCAAGUCUUUCAAACUUAAUUAUGGUUAUGAAAUAAAAUGUUUGCACUAUA